AUGGUUGUCUUCCAGAAUAAGAUCAUUUAUAUGCCUGGUCUGCCACCGAACGCCAGGAGAGAGAAGAUCGAGGAUUACAAGAACCAGUGCGGAGGAAUACAAUGGCGCGAGGAAAGGACAGUAGCUGCAGACGGGACGCGAAUCAGUCUCUGCGUGGCAAAUGUCAAUUGCGAGCUGGAUACAGAUCUGCCAGUGAAGACUGUUUAUGUGCUUUACUUCCAAGGUAACGCAUCUUCUAUACCUCCGCGAUUACCUUUCCUAUCUCCUGUUCUGCGGCUGCUCAGCGAUAGGGCUACGUUUCCAGCCAGAUAUACCAUGGUAUGCUGCAGCUAUCGAGGAUAUUGGACAUCAAAGGGACGUCCAUCUGAAAAUGGUAUCGCCAUGGAUGCUGUGGCUGCUCUAAAGUGGAUUAGAGAACCACAUGGCGAAGAAGCUCCAAAGCCACCAGCAGAGAGCAUACCAAUAGUCUUUUGGGGCCAAAGUAUAGGCGCUGGCGUAGCAACCGGUCUGGCAGCACAGGCUCACAUCUUCUCUCGUAGCAAUUUCUUGCUCAAGGCUGUGAUACUCGAGACACCAUUUCUUAGUAUUAGAGCCAUGCUUGAGACUCUGUACCCCCAAAAAUGGCUACCUUACAGAUAUCUCUGGCCAUUUCUCCGCAACCACCUCGAUAGCUGGGCUGGAUUAGGGUUGAUGCGGAGAUCAUUCCGAGAAAUUGGCCUUGAUCCACCAAGCAUCCUGAUACUUGAGGCUGGGAGAGACGAAUUGGUGCCCAAGGAACAUGCUACUGCACUCGAGCGAAGGUGUCUCGAAGUUGGCCUUGGAGUGAAGAGAAGGGUGAUAAGUAAUGCACUGCACACCGAGGUCAUGGCACGUUCUGAGGGUAGAUUGGCUGUGUGUCUUUCGAAAAGAACGAGGCGAACCAGAACUUACAUUAGAAGAAUUCCAAAAAGUGUUCCGUAA